AUGGUGCAGUGCGGAGAGCUGUGGCAGCAGUUGGAUGAAGAGACAAAAGAUCAGUGGCGGGAUCAAGAGUUCCUUGACACCAUAUCUCCACCCGAUAAUGUCGCGCCAGGCUCCGAGCAAUCCAAAGUUGCUGUCACACAGUGGAAAAAACGAGAACGAUUCAAGCUCAACAUGUGGGUCCGCAAAAUGAAGCGCGACCUCAAAAAUCUGAGCACUUCACAUCAGGUUGAAGGUUUCUUUGCGCUGGCUUCGCGCGACCCUGACAACGCUGAACUUAUAACCGGGGGGAGCAUAUUGGCUGAGGAAUUCCUCGACGUUCUGGAGAAAGGUGCUAAUACCUGCCAGUUGUUCUACAACUUCAUCAACGGCCAACAAGCAGUCAAAGAAAUCUCGGGCGACUACCCUCGACCAAGCACGAAGCGCAAACGUCGCUCCGGCAAAGAUCCUGAGGAUGGUGAUUGUCCUUACGACCUUGGUAGUAAGGUUGCGAAUGCUGCGGAAGUUCGCGCAAAGCUCAAGCAAGCGCUGUUCACGGCCACUCAUGGCGCCUGGAACGGUGGAUGGCCGGGUAAUAAGACCGUUCAAAAGUUGAAAGCGAUGAACGUCACUUUGCAGGUCCUGCCAAACAACAAGCGUGUUCUUUUGCAAACGGGUGGGUACGACUUGUUGGUCCUCCCAACCCUGAUGCCUCCGAAGAUCAGAUACAGGCCCUUGGACAUGAGCCUGACUCCGAUGACCCGGACGAAUCUCCAGGUAUCACUGUUUGCUUCAACGGGACCCGAAUCACUAGUGGUUAAGUCCGUACGCUUCAAAUGUCCCCCUCGCAAGCCCAAGAACUGUAUCCCAGAUUCAGAAGACGAUAACUCAUCCUUCUAUUCAGAAGAUGAUACAUCAUCCUCGGAACUGGAUGAUGGAGUCGCCCCUAAGCGCCGCAUACUCACGAGGCAACAGCUUGCUCUUGUUAAUUCCACUGGAACGUUUCGCGAGGAAAGAUCAGUGACUCCUGUCUCUGACUCCUCGGCUUGA